AUGGAAUCUGAAAUCAACACGCGACAAAGUAACAAGAGAAAGAGAGAUUAUUAUGAUCCACGAACUCUUAAGGGUGAUGAAUUAUUUCUUGAUAGAUUGAUUGGAGUUCUGAAUAAAGAUAAAAGAUUUGAAGAUGAACCAUUCAAAUCAUAUAUUUUCAAAUGGACUAUGGAAAAAAUGGAGGAACAUUUGAGAGAAAAAUUUCCUCAUCUUAAACCUAAGUUAAAAGCACACAUUGAAUGGGUAAAGGAGAGGUUAAAGACAAUUUAUGAAAUAGUUUAUGAUAUGCAAAACCAAAGUGGGUUCGGUUGGGAUGACGAGAAGAAAAUGAUUAAGGUUGACAGUGAUGAAGUGUGGAACGAGUAUGUAAAGAGAAAUCCGCGUGCAACAGAUUAUAGGAAUACUCCAAUCCCACUUUUUGAUAAGCUUGCUCGUGUAUUUGGAAAAUAUCAUGCUAGUGGUAAGGAACUUGCUAACUAA